CAGUCCCGCCCUGCCGAAGCGGGCUUGUUAUUGUGGCGCCGAGGCUCGCAGAGGAGGAGUUUGCGAGCCACACACGCAAGUUUUCUUCCUUGUGCUAGAUAUCCGCACUCAUCCUGGUGUUUCUGAUUGCGGAGAUUUUGUGAUUUCUGACAAUAGCGGAUGCGGAGUGCCUUGUGAAGUUUCCUGAUCUGCUCAUGCCACCCCUAAAAAUACAGAGCAGGUGUCUGUCUUGCUUUGGCAGCUCUGCUUCUGGAACCGAAUUGCCAGUAUUCCCUAUUUUAGAGACAGUGUUGUCUGCUCUAGUUUCAUCCUCUUGUGGUGUGGCUGGCAGAGUGAUGGCACCUCUGCUUGGCUUACCUCUGUCCUGACUCUUCCGUUGUGACUGAACAUGGGCCGUAAGGCUGAGUCCCAGCCAUCAAUGGAGGAGACCCCCGUCAGGGUGGCUGUUCGCAUUCGACCCCUCCUGCCUAAGGAACGGUUGCAUGGGCACCAGACUUGCCUGCGAGGAGACCCAGAGACUAAGGAAGUGACCCUCGGGCACAACCGUCAUUUUCACUUUGACACCAUCUUCAUCGAAUCCGCCAGCCAGGAGUCUGUGUAUGCCGUGUGCGUGCAACCACUGGUGGAGGCCUUCUUUGAAGGCUUCAACGCUACCGUGUUUGCCUAUGGCCAGACAGGGUCUGGCAAGACCUACACCAUUGGAGAAGCAACUGUCUCUUCUAUCAAUGAAGAUGAGCAGGGCAUAAUUCCCAGAGCCAUGGCUGAAGCCUUCAAACUCAUGGAUGAGAAUGACUUGUUGGAUUACACGGUCCGUAUUUCUUACCUGGAAGUCUAUAAGGAGGAAUUCCGGGACCUCCUGCAAGUGGAGACAGCGAGCAAAGACAUCCAGAUCCGGGAAGAUGACAAGGGCAACAUUGUGUUGUACGGGGUAAAGGAGACUGAAGUGGAGGGCCUGGAUGAGGUCUUGAGUCUGCUGGAAAUGGGCAACAUGGCGAAGCACACUGGAGCCACCCACCUCAACAGGAAGUCCAGCCGCUCGCACACUGUCUUCACUGUGACGAUGGAGCAGCGCCGGAAUGCUGGUCGCCUCACGCGCCUCACCCUUCAAGACAAGGCCUCGAUUCCGGCCUCCGGCCAAGUUCUUACCUCCAAAUUUCACUUUGUUGACUUGGCUGGCUCUGAGAGGGUGGUGAAGACUGGGAGCACAGGGGAGAGACUGAAGGAGAGCAUCCAGAUCAACAGCAGCCUGCUGGCGCUGGGCAAUGUCAUCAGUGCCUUGGGGGACCCCCGCCGGAAAGGCAGUCACAUUCCCUACCGGGAUUCCAAAAUCACCAGGAUCCUGAAAGACUCCCUAGGUGGGAACGCUCAGACUGUGAUGAUUGCCUGUGUCAGCCCCUCCUCCUCUGACUUUGAUGAGAGCUUGACCACCCUGAACUAUGCCAGCCGCGCUCAGAACAUCAAGAACAGGGCGGUGGUGAACUGCCGCAAGGAGGCGGAGCAGGUGGCAGAACUGCAGCUGCAGAUAAAGAGCCUGCAGAGGGCACUGGAGCAGCGGCACCGCUCGGAGACCCGCAUCAUCAACCGUUCGGACCCAGCCCCCAAGCGGCACUCACAGGAUCGCACCUCUCGCUUGCUUGCGGAGUGUGCCCACUAUAGGACGUGCACCGAUGCUGCCUACCGGCUCUUGACAGAGCUGCAGGAAGAAGGCAACUUGACUGUGGAUCAGAUCCUCCACGUGAAGGAGUGGCUGUGUGCUGUGGAGAGUGAGAGGAGUGAGUUGAGCUCAGCCUCUGGCUUAGACAGCGGCAUCGAGAGCACUUCGGCUGAAGAUCAGAACCACAAGGAGCAAAUCUCCAAAUCUUCCAGCACUCAGCAGGAGACCCACACGACGGGACCUGAGAAAGAAAAAGAAGAGACUCUGGCGAGGCUGGAGAGACAAGUGGAGAGGUUAGAAGAGGAGAAUCGGGAUUUCCUGGCUGCCCUCGAGGAUGCCAUGGAGCAAUACAAGCUGCAGAGUGACAAGUUACAGGAGCAAGAAGACCUCAUCUCCAAACUACACAAGUGCCUGCCGAUGGAGGUGCCAAACUCGGAAGUACCUGAAUUGCUGCAAGACGUCUACCUGGUUCAGCUUGGCCAGAGGCCUCACACAGCCCCUGUGGGCACUGCCCACUCGCCCCGCUGGCCCAAGUUUGGCCUUACCAACCACAACAAGCUCUCCGGUCCCCCAGCUUUCAGUGGAAAGGGCUUGUUGGGGUACCAUCAAGGUUGCCCUCGAGGUUUGGAUGGUGACAACGUGAUCCUGACACAGGAAGCUGACAAGCCUUCAGAGGGGCCGGGGGAGCCCUCCGAGGAGGAGGAAGAAGAGGAGGAAGAGAGAGGAGAGCAUGAGCAAACACGGUCCCUUUACCAGCGCAGAAAUGGGAUCCACAGCUGGAGUAAAAAGAAGAUUUCAAGCAAGGGGGGCAGAGACUGGGGCAAAAGCAAGCCAGUAUCGAUCCAGGAGGAACCUCCAGAGUUAUCCAAAGUUGCAGCAGAUGGCAGGAGACCAGAGCCAGUCAACGUCAGAGAAGGCUUUUCGGGUAAAGAUUCAGAGUGGCGGCUGGUUCAAGCUCAGCAGAAGAUCCGUGAGCUGGCCAUCAACAUCCGCAUAAAAGAGGACUUGAUCACGGAACUCAUCAAGACAGGCAAGCAUGCACAGAUCAUGAACAAGCAGUACUGCCAGAAGAUCCACGAGCUGGAGCGGGAGACGGAGCAGGUGCGAGUGGAGCUGGGCGACAGCCAGAGGCAGCUGCAGGAACUGGAAGGCAGAGAGCCCCGGGACCCCGGAGAGAAGCGGAAGCUGCAGGAGUGCCGCAGCAAAGUGGCAGCUGCUCAGAGCAAGGCAAAGGUCCUGCAGCAGAAGAAGCAGGCGACGGAGAGGUUGGCGUCUCUCUCCACUCAAAGCGAGAAGCGGGUGCAGGAGCUGGAGAGGAAUGUGCAGCUGAUGCGGCAGCAGCAGGGGCAGCUCCAGAGGCGGCUGCGGGAAGAGGUGGAGCAGAAGCGGCGCCUGGAGACGGAGAUGCACAGAGGGCAGCAUCGGGUCAAGGAGUUGGAACUGAAACACGAACAGCACCAGAAGAUCCUGCGCCUCAAGACGGAAGAAAUCGCCGCGUUCCAGAGGAAGCGCCGGAGCGGCAGCAACGGCUCUGUGGUCAGUCUGGAGCAGCAGCAGAAAACCGAGGAGCAGAAAAAGUGGUUGGAUUCAGAGAUCGAGAAGGUUCUUGAGCAGCGCCGGGCCUUGGAUGAGCUGGAAGAUGAGCUGACAAAACGCGAAACCAUUGUAGUGAAAAAGGAAACUCUUCUUCAGGAGAAGAACAGCCUGGAAAAUAAGAGACUUCGUUCGAGCCAGGCCUUGAAUGAUGACAUCAUGCGGGUGUCCAGCCGGCUGGAGUAUCUGGAAAAGGAACUGACGCAGAAGAAUGGACAGCUUUGCCACAGCAGUGGCCAAGACCAGCAGCAGAUCCGGCAAGAAAUCAACAACUUGCGCCAAGAGAAGGAGCAGUUGCUCAAACAACGGCUGGAGAUAGACAGCAAGCUCCGGCAGGGCACUUUGCUGUCCCCCGAGGAGGAACGGGUUCUCUUCCAACUGGAUGAGGCUAUCGAGGCCCUGGAUGCUGCUAUCGAGUACAAAAACGAGUCCAUCACUUGCCGGCAGCGUGUCCUGCGCUCCUCCGCCAGCCUUCUGUCCCAGUGCGAGAUGAACCUUAUGGCCAAGCUCAGCUAUCUCUCUUCCUCCGAGACCCGGGCACUGCUUUGCAAGUAUUUCGAUAAGGUGGUGACCCUCCGUGAGGACCAGCACAAGCAGCACAUCGCCUUUUCAGAGCUAGAAAUGCAACUGGAGGAGCAGAAGCAGCUGGCGUUCUGGCUGGACGUCGCUUUGGAGCGCCAGCGCUUGGAGAUGGACCGCCAGCUGACCCUGCAGCAGAAGGAACAUGAGCAGAGUAUCCAGCUUCUGCUCCAGCAAAGCCGGGAGCAUAUGGAAGAAGGGCAGGCAGCCAGCAGGCUCCAGUUCCAAGGAAGGAUCCAAGCCCUGGAGAAGGAGUUGGCUCACUACAUGUGGGUAAACCAGGAACUGAACCAGAAGCUGAGCACAAGCCACCCAGGAGGCCAAGGCAGAGGAACAGAAAGAAACAUGGCCAGGGACAGACCUGCUUCACUUAGGAUACAAGACAGCUUCAGCAUUAACAGUGUGCUGGAACAACCAGUGGAGGAGAAGCCCAGGGACUUGGUGCGUGCACCCUUACCACCCACGUGGAGACGCUCUUCGCAGUCCUGUGCCAACAUACUAAUCCCAGAAGACCUUCACCAGAAGGAUGCUGAGUUCCAGCUCCGAGCUAGCCAGGCGAAGGAAUUAUCCCCUCCCCUGAGCCUGGCCCCUGUACUGAAACCUCGCAAGGAACUGUACAGGGGGGCCCUGAAUGUUGUUCCUGGACUGUGUUGCCCAGCAAUCAUAGAUGUCAGGAAAAAUCCACUCUAGGCAGUAUAUUCUAGCAGCUGCUUUAGGUCAGAAGUUUGGGCAUGGGCUAGGGCCUGUCUUUAGAAGAACCCACACUUGGGCAAGUCUGAGCUGGCUUGAUACUAACAUAUGGUGGAAUAUUUUCCUCUCGUUCGAAACUUAGUGCAACUCAUGUAAGAGGCUUAAUGUUUUGGUACUCCUGGCUUUUGAGGCAUAGAGGAGGUAAAAGCAUUCUUGUGCCUUCUCUUCUACAAGGGGAGCCUUGUUUCCAAUUCUGAAAACUCCCUACAGGAAAGACCACUACCUCUGGCACAAAACCAUCAUUUAAGGAGAUGGAAGACAGUCACAGAUACUUGCUGUGUGAAGUGAUGCUGGAGGAACAUGUGUACAUUAACUUUUUUAUACUGUAGCAUUUUAAUAAACAAGCACAACCUUU